UCAGGGAACUUUGCCAUCGCGUUUGAGUAACUGUGGCGGGAAGAAUGACAGUGUAGUUGCUGGUUGGUCUCACAGCCAGAGUGGAGUUAUGGUGGAGGGUCCGGGCUGCACGCUGAAUGGGGAGAAGAUCAGAGCGCGGGUUGAGAAGGGUCAGAGUGUGGUGGAGCUUCGGGGAAGCGCUGUGAGCGGGACGCCUCCUUCCUCCUGCUAUAAUGCCCUAUCUUCACUUACCGGAUGCAGCUACACAGGAGUGCAAACACUAGGAAAGGAGCUUUUUAUGUAUUUUGGACUGAAAGCAAUACGUGUACAUUUUGGAAUGAAUGGAUCAAUACGGCUAAAUCAAGCAGUAAAAAAGGGCCAAGAAAACAGUAGACCUAUGCCUGUAGCUGUUUUAGAAGUACAGCUUGAAAAAGACUUAAUUUGCUUUUAUGAGUCCACUGUAGAUGUGAGAAAUGUAUCAGAAUGUCAAGAAAAAAUAAGAUUCUUGGAGGAACUAGAUGUCUGCUCUUCUAAGUUUAGUUUCUCUAGAGCAGAGUGUGAGAUCAAGAAGCAAAAGGCUCGUAUGCUGUGCGACAUUCUGCUUGAUCAGAUGAUUUUACCUGGGGUUGGGAACAUUAUUAAAAAUGAAGCCUUAUUUGACAGUGGUCUACACCCUGGAGUCCAGGCUGGUCUGCUUACAGACAUGCAAGUGAGUCACCUUGUGAAAAUGACUCGUGAUUUCACUCUGCUUUUUUAUAAGUGUCGAAAGUCUGGUUCCGCCCUCUAUAAACACUACAAAGUUUACAAAAGACCUAAUUGUGGCCAGUGUGAUAAAAAGAUCACUGUGUGUCGUCUUGGUGAGAACAACAGGAUGACCUAUUUUUGUCCCAAGUGCCAAAAUGAUAAACCUCAGCAUGUUGAUGUAAGCAAAUUGCCAAAAAGGAAUAGCCUUAUUGGAUGGGUACAGAGAAUACCACCACAUUCAAAUGAACACGUGGCAACCAGUAAAGAAGAGCACUGGGCAUGUACAGUCUGUACACUCAUAAAUAAGCCAUCCGAUAAACAAUGUGAUGCCUGCCUCACUCAGAGACCAGAAGUCUCGUCUCUUGCAGAAAGUGAUAAAGCAGCAGAACUCGACGCUGACCUUGUGAAAUACCCAUGUAAUAAUUUUGCAAAACUUCUUCCUGAACUAAAAUUAAACAGAAGAACAGCGUUUGGAAAUACAACCUUGGUGCUGACUGAUUUUGGUGCAAAAGAAGAUCUUAGUGAUAAAAACAUUCAACAGCACAGCUUGAACAGCUCCACUUUUGAUGUGCCAUUAAGCAAGCACUUUAAUGGGAAAAACUCCUCAAAUAAGAGAAGUAAUGAAAAUGAGCACUGGACAAACACUCUAAAUGCACUAAAUGGAGGUUCAGGAACAAGCAACAACGUUUUCAAUCAUCCACAAAAGAAACUUAAGACUGUACACCAAACCCCAAACAAAACCAAUAUCCGUUCCACAAUAAGCUCCUCUCAGAGUACAAUGGCAAGAGAUGCUGCCACAAACACUGGCGGCCCAAACUGCAGCACACACAAUGUUCCCUGUGCUCUCCAGGUUGUGAGGAAGGAGGGAGAAAACAAGGGGAGAUCAUUUUAUACCUGUUCCCUACCCAGAGAACGUUGUUGUCAGUUUUUUGAAUGGGCAGACCUGCAUUUUCCAUUCUGCAACCAUGGCAAACGGUGUAUUGUAAGAACAGUGCUGAAGCUUGGCCCAAACAAUGGGAAGAAUUUCUACGUUUGCCCAAUGGGGAAAGAUAAACAGUGUAACUUCUUUGAAUGGGCAAAAACUGAGUAGACAUGAAGCAGAUAUUCUGUUACCUGUUUAUGAACUCUUUACUUUUCUGUUUCUAAAGACAAAGCACCCCAGUGCUAGCUUUUAAUAGAAGAGAUCAUAAUAUCCAAAGUGUCAUUUCUUUUAUGUGUCUUUCUCAGAUUAUGUUCUGAUGUUGCCUGAUGCAGCAUAUAUUAAACUUGUUUUAACUUAAA